UAGACCCUUGUUUUGCGUCCUCGCGUUCACGCUCUCUCUCCUCCUUAUUCUUGCAUUUCUAUCGUCGUCUUCCCCUUUCUCCCUCUAUCGGACUUCUUCGGAUUCGGCCGUAGGGGAGGGAGAUAUAUGGAGUGUUCGGCGCCUCGUCGAGUGGAGACCUUGCACAUGGUGGACGCAAGGACGCCAAAGAGCUCCUCUACCUUUAGAAACCAAUGGAUAUAUCAGGGUGGAUUGCUACGGUGGCCUCAACCAGAUGCGAAGAGAUUUUUGUGAUGGUGUGGGCAUUGCUCGUCUGUUAAAUGCAACCCUUGUCCUGCCAAAGUUUGAAGUGGCUUCAUAUUGGAAUGAAACAAGUGGUUUUGCAGAUGUAUUUGAUGUCGACUACUUCAUUCAACAGAUGAAUGGCUUUGUUAAGGUUGUCAAAGAGUUGCCACCAGAGAUUGCAUCAAAAGAACCCGUCCCAGUGGAUUGUAGCAAACGGAAAGGCCAAUUCGAUUAUGUUGAAAGUGUUCUUCCGGCUCUAUUAGAGCAUAGAUAUAUUUCCUUCACGCCAGCAAUGUCCCAACGAAGGGACAGGUACCCUCUAUAUGCAAAAGCCGCUCUUUGUCAAGCAUUUAAGGCAUUACGUCUUACAAGAUCCCUGGAAAUGAAAGCCUCUGAGCUUCUUCAAGCUAUCCCAAAACCCUUUCUCUCACUUCACCUUCGUUUUGAACCAGACAUGGUUGCUUAUUCUCAGUGCGAGUACCCAGGCCUUUCUCCUGUCUCCAUCAAAGCCAUAGAAGAAGCACCGCAAGGUGACAGAAAACCAUGGACUGGUGAGUUAGCCCGCACUUGGAGAAGACGGGGGAAAUGCCCGCUUACACCAAAUGAGACGGCUUUAAUACUUCAAGCUCUUUCCAUCCCAACAAGCACCAAUAUAUAUCUUGCGGCUGGGGAUGGUCUGAUGGAAAUUGAAGGGUUGACAGCUACUUACACUAACAUAUUUACUAAGUCUAGCCUUCUGAGUAAUGAG